AUGAGCGAAGCCGGCGGCGGCCGGGGCUCUGGGUUCUCGGUCCCCCAGCGAGCGCCAUGGAGCCUGGUGGCGGCGACGGCCGCGCUGUGCCUGGUGUCGGCCACGUCCGUGUGGACGGCGGGGGCCGCGCCCAUGAGUCGCGAGGAGAAGCAGAAGCUUGGGAAUCAAGUACUGGAAAUGUUUGAUCAUGCUUAUGGUAACUAUAUGGAACAUGCUUACCCAGCAGAUGAACUCAUGCCUUUGACCUGCAGAGGUCGGGUUAGAGGCCAGGAGCCAAGUCGGGGUGAUGUUGAUGAUGCCUUGGGAAAAUUUUCCCUGACACUGAUUGAUUCUUUGGACACUCUUGUGGUAUUAAAUAAAACUAAAGAAUUUGAAGAUGCAGUGAGAAAAGUUUUAAGAGAUGUUAACUUAGAUAAUGAUGUAGUUGUAUCAGUCUUUGAAACAAACAUCAGAGUUCUUGGGGGUCUUUUGGGUGGACACUCACUGGCAAUCAUGCUGAAAGAAAAAGGCGAGUACAUGCAGUGGUACAGUGAUGAGCUUCUCCAAAUGGCAAAGCAAUUGGGUUACAAACUUUUACCAGCUUUCAAUACUACCAGUGGCCUUCCUUAUCCAAGAAUCAAUUUGAAGUUUGGUAUCAGAAAACCAGAAGCCCGGACAGGUACUGAGACUGACACCUGUACAGCUUGUGCGGGCACCUUGAUCCUCGAGUUUGCUGCUCUAAGUCGGUUCACAGGAGCAACGAUAUUUGAGGAAUAUGCAAGAAAAGCUCUUGAUUUUCUCUGGGAGAAAAGACAGAGAAGUAGUAAUUUAGUGGGUGUGACUAUAAAUAUUCAUACUGGAGACUGGGUACGAAAAGAUAGUGGAGUUGGAGCAGGGAUUGAUUCGUAUUAUGAAUAUCUAUUGAAAGCCUAUGUCUUACUUGGAGAUGACAGCUUUCUGGAAAGAUUUAAUACACACUAUGAUGCCAUAAUGAGGUACAUAAGCCAGCCACCUCUUCUACUUGAUGUUCAUAUCCACAAGCCAAUGCUGAAUGCUCGGACUUGGAUGGAUGCUUUGCUUGCCUUUUUUCCAGGUUUGCAGGUCUUAAAGGGAGAUAUUAGACCUGCUAUUGAAACUCAUGAAAUGUUAUAUCAGGUGAUUAAAAAACACAAUUUUCUACCAGAGGCAUUUACCACAGAUUUCAGGGUACAUUGGGCUCAACAUCCUUUAAGGCCAGAAUUUGCAGAAAGUACCUACUUCUUGUAUAAAGCUACAGGAGAUCCUUACUACCUUGAAGUAGGGAAAACACUUAUUGAAAAUUUAAAUAAAUAUGCUAGAGUGCCUUGCGGAUUUGCUGCCAUGAAGGAUGUUCGUACUGGAAGUCAUGAGGACAGAAUGGAUUCCUUCUUCUUGGCGGAAAUGUUUAAAUAUCUUUACCUGUUAUUUGCGGAUAAAGAAGACAUUAUUUUUGACAUAGAAGAUUACAUUUUUACAACAGAAGCUCAUCUGUUACCUCUUUGGCUCUCCACUACAAAUCAAAGAGUCUCUAAGAAGAACACAACUUCAGAAUAUACAGAACUGGAUGACAGUAACUUUGACUGGACUUGUCCAAACACUCAGAUCCUCUUCCCUAACGAUCCACUAUAUGCCCAGAGCAUCCGUGAACCCUUGAAAAAUGUGGUGGACAAGAGCUGUCCUAGAGGCAUCAUCAGAGUAGAGGAGAGUUUGAGGAGUGGAGCUAAACCCCCUCUGAGAGCCAGAGAUUUCAUGGCCACUAACCCUGAGCAUUUAGAAAUCUUGAAGAAGAUGGGGGUGAGUUUGAUUCACCUCAAAGAUGGGAGAGUCCAGUUGGUUCAACAUGCAAUCCAAGCUGCUAGUUCGAUUGAUGCAGAAGAUGGAUUGAGGUUUAUGCAGGAGAUGAUUGAAUUGUCAAGUCAACAACAAAAAGAACAGCAGCUCCCUCCACGAGCUGUACAGAUUAUUUCCCACCCAUUUUUUGGCCGGGUAGUAUUAACUGCUGGUCCAGCACAGUUUGGGCCAGACCUGUCUAAACAUAAAGAGACAAGAGGAUUUGUUGCAAGCAGUAAACCAUACAAUGGUUGUUCAGAACUUACUAACCCUGAAGCAGUGAUGGGAAAAAUUGCUUUGAUACAAAGAGGGCAGUGCAUGUUUGCAGAAAAGGCACGCAACAUACAGAAUGCUGGAGCCAUUGGUGGCAUUGUUAUUGAUGACAAUGAGGGGAGCAGUAGUGAUACUGCCCCUCUGUUCCAGAUGGCAGGGGAUGGAAAGGACACAGAUGACAUUAAGAUCCCCAUGCUGUUUCUAUUCAGUAAAGAAGGAAGUAUCAUACUGGAUGCCAUCCGGGAGUAUGAGGAGGUAGAGGUGCUCCUUUCUGACAAAGCAAAAGAUCGAGAUCCUGAGAUGGAAAAUGAAGAACAACCAUCCUCCGAAAAUGACUCUCAGAGUGCUGAACAGAUUGCAUCAAGGUCUCAGGAGAUUGAUCUGGUUGAUCAAGAGUCUCCUGAGGAAAGUUCUGUGAACUCUCACCCAGAAUCUUUAUCUCCAGUAGAUACAGACAGUGCUGCAAGCGUUUCUUCUUCUGAACAGGAUUCUAACCCCACGGAAAACCAUGAGACUACAAGUCUUGAUGGUGAAUGUACAGAUUUAGAUAACCAGCUUCAAGAACAGUCAGAAACUGAGGAGGAUUCCAAUCCUAAUGUUUGGGGUAAAAAGGUCCAGCCUAUAGACUCCAUAUUAGCAGACUGGAAUGAAGACAUAGAAGCAUUUGAAAUGAUGGAUAAGGAUGAGCUCUGA